GGAGACUUGGCACCCUGUUCUGCUAUUCCCAUUUAGCAAACAGGGAUAAAGCAUCAAACAGACUUUGCUUCUGCUGAGACUCCAGAUGAUGCCAGAGAGCUACAGAACUGCAGCCAAUGGGCGUCAAUACAACGUUUGCAGGAGUGGUUUCCUCCCGAGGCAGUCCAGGCUCCUGCAUCCAUCAGCACCCACUGCAUCCCCACACCAGGCGCAGCCCCUCCAAUUUCUGAGUGCUUCUGGAGAGCCAGAGCUCUCACCACAAGUCAGGACCAUGCUGGAGGAUGAGGAUGGGCUGAGCGAGCGGGGGCUGAGCAGCUCGAGGAGGAGAUACGACGAUGAAGAAGAUUAUCAUUCCAUCUACAUCGGGGUACCGGUGCCCCGGGGAUACCGGAGGAAGCGGCGUCGGCGGCGAUCCGCCUCCAGCCGGGACCGGACCAGCGAGAGCGAGCGGCACUACGAGCGGCAGGAGCGCUCCGACACCGACGACGGCGGCCACGGCUGCUACGAGAGCGGCAAUGAUAACGCCAGCAGGACCAUGUCUCCAGCUGCUGAACGUCUCCGUUACAUCCUGGGUGAUGACGAUGAGCCCCCCAACCCCACACUCUUCACAGAGAUGGACACACUGCAGCACGACGGGGAGGAGAUGGAGUGGAAGGAGUCAGCCAGGUGGAUAAAGUUUGAAGAAAAGGUGGAGGAAGGCGGGGAAAGGUGGAGCAAACCCCACGUGUCCACGCUGUCUUUGCACAGCCUGUUUGAGCUGCGGACGUGCCUGCAGACAGGAACGGUGCUCCUGGAUCUCGAUGGUUACUCUUUGCCCCAAAUCAUAGACGAUGUCAUUGAGAAGCAGAUAGAGGAUGGUCUGCUCAAACCUGAGCUGAGGGAAAAGAUCAGCUACGUGCUCCUCAGGAAGCACCGCCACCAGACCAAGAAGCCAAUCCACCGCUCCUUGGCCGACAUCGGCAAGUCGGUGUCCUCCAACACAAGUCGCAGCCCCGUCCGCAGCCCAGCUGCAGGUGCUGCCUUCCAUCGCUCCACGGAGGACCUUCGGAUGCGGCAGAGCGCGAGCUACGGCCGCCUGCGCCACGUGCAAAGCCGAAGCAUGAAUGAUAUCUCAGACACACCGAGCACCGACCAGCUGAAAAACAAAUUCAUCAAGAAGAUCCCCAAGGAUGCGGAGGCCUCCAACGUGUUGGUGGGAGAAGUGGAAUUCCUUGAGAAGCCCUUCGUAGCGUUCGUGCGGCUGCUCCAGGCAACCAUGCUGGGAGGGGUGACGGAGGUGCCCGUCCCCACCAGAUUCCUCUUUAUUCUCCUGGGCCCCGCAGGAAAAGCCAAAUCCUACAAUGAGAUCGGCAGAGCCAUUGCGACCCUCAUGGUGGAUGAUCUCUUCAGUGACGUUGCUUACAAAGCCCGAGAUAGAGAAGACCUGAUUGCUGGCAUAGACGAAUUUCUGGAUGAAGUCAUUGUCCUGCCACCUGGCGAGUGGGACCCCAACAUUAGGAUCGAGCCACCCAAAAAAGUGCCCUCAGCUGAGAAGAGGAAAUCAGUUUUCUCAUUGAAUGAAGUGGGGCAAAUGAAUGGCACAGCUGGAGGGGCAGGUGCUGGGAGCGGUGGAGGAGGCAGUGAUGAUGGGGAGAUGCCUGAAGUGCAUGAAAUUGGGGAAGAGCUCGCGUGGACUGGGAGGUUCUGUGGUGGCCUCUAUUUGGAUAUCAAGAGGAAGCUUCCCUGGUUCCCAAGUGACUUCUAUGAAGGCUUUCAUAUCCAGUCCAUUUCUGCCAUCCUCUUCAUCUACCUGGGCUGCAUCACCAAUGCCAUCACAUUUGGGGGUUUGCUUGGAGAUGCAACAGACAACUACCAGGGUGUCAUGGAGAGCUUCCUUGGCACAGCAAUGGCAGGUUCCAUGUUUUGCCUCUUUGCUGGACAGCCGCUCAUCAUCCUCAGCAGCACCGGCCCCAUCCUCAUCUUUGAGAAGCUGCUCUUUGACUUCAGCAAAGGUAACGGCAUCGACUACAUGGAGUUCCGCCUCUGGAUCGGCCUGCACUCUGCCCUACAGUGCCUUAUCCUGGUGGCCACUGACGCCAGCUUCAUUAUAAAGUACAUCACCCGCUUCACAGAGGAAGGCUUCUCCACCCUCAUCAGCUUCAUCUUCAUCUACGAUGCCAUCAAGAAGAUGAUAGGGGCCUUUAAGUACUACCCCAUCAAUUCGGACUUCAAGCCAGACUAUGUGACCAUGUACAAAUGCGAGUGCGUUGCUCCUGACCCAGCCAACAUGACACUGUUCGAUGCUUCAGUUCCAGUAGCACCAAACACCACUAACGUAUCUCUGUACAAUGCUAUUAACCUCACAGCUCUGGAUUGGACUCAGCUGAGUAAGAAGGAGUGUCUCAAGUACGGCGGCAGCUUAGUGGGGAAAUCCUGUAAAUUUGUGCCCGACCUGGCCCUCAUGUCCUUCAUCCUCUUCUUUGGGACCUACUCCAUGACUCUCACCUUGAAGAAGUUCAAAUUCAGCCGCUACUUCCCCACCAAGGUUAGGGCCUUCAUUGCUGACUUUUCCAAUGUCUUCUCCAUCCUGCUGUUUUGUGGUGUGGAUGCCUGUUUCGGCCUGGAUACCCCGAAGCUGCACAUCCCCAGUAUCAUCAAGCUCCAAGUGCCUACUGACUUUAAGCCCACGCGUGUGGACCGAGGGUGGUUUGUCUUUCCCUUUGGGAAGAACCCAUGGUGGGUGUACCUGGCCAGCGCGCUGCCUGCCCUGCUCGUCACCAUCCUCAUCUUCAUGGACCAGCAGAUCACAGCCGUCAUCGUCAACAGGAAGGAGCACAAGCUGCGGAAAGCAGCAGGCUACCACCUGGACCUCUUCUGGGUGGGCAUCCUCAUGGCAGUGUGCUCCUUCAUGGGGCUGCCCUGGUACGUGGCAGCCACCGUCAUCUCCAUCGCCCACAUCGACAGCUUGAAGAUGGAGACAGAGACCAGCGCUCCUGGGGAGCAGCCCCAGUUCCUGGGGGUCAGGGAGCAGAGGGUGACGGGCAUCAUUGUCUUCGUGCUCACAGGGAUUUCUGUCUUCCUGGCCCCGAUUCUGAAGCAUUUGUCCCCCUCCCCAGGAGUGAGCUGCUGCCUUCCUUGGGGUAAGGGCCGUGUUUUUCCAUGUCCCCAGUACAUCCCCAUGCCAGUGCUGUACGGUGUCUUUCUGUACAUGGGCGUCGCAUCGCUGAACGGCAUCCAGUUCUGGGACCGCUGCAAGCUCUUCCUCAUGCCAGCCAAGCACCAGCCCGACUACGUCUUCCUGCGGCACGUUCCGCUGCGCCGCAUCCACCUCUUCACGCUGGUGCAGAUCGUCUGCCUGGCCGUGCUCUGGAUCCUCAAAUCCACCGUGGCUGCCAUCAUUUUCCCUGUCAUGAUUUUAGCCCUGAUCCUGGUGCGGCGACUGCUGGACUUUGUCUUCUCCCAGCAUGACCUGGCCUGGAUUGACAACAUCAUCCCUGAGAAGGAGAAGAAGAAGGAAGAUGACAAGAAGAAGAAGAAAAAGGGCAACAAAGGGGACAGCAGCAGUGAUGAGGAGGAAAGAGGUCCCCCACCUGGAGCUCUGCGUUCUGACUCCUCUCCGAAUGGUUCUGACAUGGAUCGCAGCAUUACACUCCACCUGAAGAUUUCAUGCCCAUCAUCUCCUGCAUUUAAUUACUCCCGAAGCCCCAUCUGUGCUGUGCCCCAGGUGAAGAUAGAGAUGGAGUCAGACUAUGAGGACACCGACACCGAAAAGGCACCGCGGGACAUGGGCAGUGAGACCACGCUAUAGUUCCCUGCAGUGCUUCCUCUAAUUUAUAUAUAUAUAUAGAUAUUUAUAUAUUCAUAUAUAUAUAUAAAGCAAAUUGGACAUAUUUUUCUACAUGAGACUGAGGAGAGCGCUGGCUCCCAAGGCUGCUGCUCCUGUAGUUCUUACUGCUGUCCCAUUUCCUCCCUUUCUGUUGGGCGAAGGCACCGGCGCUGAUGGCAAAACGGGGCUCAAAAUGUGGAAAUGAGCAUUUUUGGCCUCUGAACCACUGCUGGGCUGGAGAAGCCAAAGGCAGCUGGGGGUGGUGCUGGGGAACGUCCCAGCCAUCCCAUCAGGGUCCUGCUGUAGGGGAGGGGUUCUCCUGCCCAGGGGGACUCAGCACAGAGGCAGGGGAUGAGGAUGCGUUGGAGGCUGAGGACUGGCAGGAGGAGGGAAAGCUCAGGAGCUGCAGUGCCUGAGGUGGGUGUGUUGUGGGAGCAGCAGGAAGGAACAGAGCUUGAUCACUGCUGCAGAGAACUGGGAAUGCUUUCCAUAAGGAACUGGGCAGCAGAGCUGAGCACGGCCAUGCCUGACCCCGUGUCACUGCCCCAGCAAGGCGCAGUGCUGGGUCCCAAAAUCCAGUAACGGGGCAGGAGCCCUGUUGUGCGCCCAGCCAGGCCCUUCCUGCACCUUCUCCUUGCCCCAUACACACCAAGGAGCCUCCCAGCUCCUGGACAAGGGAGUCUGCACUCCUCAAGCUCCUCCACCCCCAUUACACACACAUGGUUUAACAGCAAACAUCCCCCCACGUAACCCCAGGAUGGGGCUUCUUCUGCCUUUAUUUUAAGGCUGUAAAAAGCCCUCUCUCUUCCCCCAGGCAGAAACAGCCUACCUGGUAUUUAUAGGAGCUCUGUGCUCUUGCCAGCCAGCAGUUCCUGGGACACUGACUAAAUAUUGCACCUGGUCUGAACCUCCACGUGGGACAGCCCAGUUCUUUGUAAAUAGUCAAGUCAAACAAGAAGGACUUGAAUGCAAUUUCGUGUUUAUAGCAGUGUUUUUCUGGUUCAAGAACACCUAUGGAACCAUGGUGAGCUUAAUAAGACAGCAUUACUCUGGUCACCACUUUAGCUUGACGUUAACAUUAAGAGCUAUUGCAGCUUGGGUGCACCGUGUCUAUUUUUUAGUAUUUUGUACCAAUCUCAUGCAUGGUAGCUGAAGCAUGGCACAGGUAGGUUUCUGCUUGUAAUCACUGCACCGUGGUUAAUUUGCUUUAUCCACUAUGUCAGCUCUACUGCACAGCAGCCCUGGAAAGGCUUCAUGGACUCUGGGGGCUGUUCCAUAGGUCGCAGCUGAAGCCUCAGCUCAGAUCCUUCUAGAACACAGCUUGUUUCGAUUUAUCCAUUUUGCAAGCCUCACACAUGGUUUAUACUUUUUGUAUAUGAAAUACUGGAGCGUCACAGAUUUGCCAGCCCCGUUACAGUACUACUUUUAGCCAUUUUGUAUUUACCAGUGAUACAAUCCAAUAAAUCUCACUUAAAUUA